UCAAGUUCGUCUUUUUUCCUCGACAUUAUUCUGAGGGGGACACCUUAUCUUUGGGCCUCUGCCUUACUCUGCAAGUUGACAUUAACACAAAAGGCAAAGCAGAGGAACACAGAACAACCAACAGAAAAUAUUCUGACCCAGAAAUUUUUUUUAGAUUUUCUAUCUUUCCAAUCACUCUUCAUGCACACAAUCCCCAUUCUCCUCAGCUUUCUAGAGUACUAUAUUGCUACGAUUCACCAACGCCAAAGCUGCUGCGCCUAAGCUUAAUUAUCUGUUUCAUCAAUCAUCGCCCACGCUUUCACCAACAUGUGUUGCUUUGCGGCUUCCUUGUGCCUUGACAAUUGUCUCUUCGCUGCUCCUCUGUUUCUGUGAGCUUAGGUCGGUUCAGUUUUUGGAUUUUUUUUUUUUGUAAAAUGAAUCGCUAUGUUCCCGAUUUCGAAAUGGAAGACGACUGCGCAAUUCCCUCUUCUUCAACCUUACCUCGUCCUAAAAAAUCAAUCACGUCGGAGGACGAGAUCAUGGAGCUGCUAUGGCAGGAUGGCCAGGUGGUUGUGCAGAGCCAAACCCAAAUGUCCCUUAAGAAAUCUCAGCACCACAAAUACGACGACGCUGUGCUCCCCGUCGACCGAUCAACCCCUAGGGAGAUCCCGUCAUCACAUGAACAGCACCAGCAUCUUUUCAUGCAAGAAGACGAGAUGUCCUCUUGGCUUCAUUACCCUCUCAAUGAUACUAACUUUGACCAAGAUUUGUGCGCCGAUCUCCUCUAUCCUUCCACUACCUGCGUCACUUCCACCACCACAACUACCAGCGCCGUUCCCACGCGUUCAACUCUCAAUCUAGAGACUCGCCCGCAGCUGGCGUUUUCUCCCACGACCGCUGCGGCCACGGCUUCUAGACCUCCUAUACCACCGACGAGGAGAGCAGAGGUGGUGCAGAACUUCGCGUACUUCUCCAGGCAUAGACCGAGGGGAGGCCUAUCGGAAUCAGGACCGUCCAAUUUAAAAACCGUGUUGAGAGAGUCGACAGUUGUAGAUUCCAGCGACACACCGGCGAUGGGGUCUGAGUCUAGAAUUUCAGAGGCGGCGGUCGCUAGGAGUACUACCGGCGUAUCCAGCGGCGAAAAUGCGUGCGGGACCAGGAGCGUCACUGCAGUAGCCGGUACCUCUUCUCAAGCAGGUGGGAGUAAUAACAAGGAUACGAUGACGUGUGAAAUGACAGUGACUUCGUCACCCGGUGGCUCCAGCGCGAGCGCAGAACCACCUGCUCGUAAGCCGGCAACGGAGGAUCGGAAGCGCAAGGGAAUUAGGGAAGAGGACACGGAGUAUCACAGCGAGGACAUUGAGUUUGAAUCUGAAGCAAAGAGACAAGCUCGCGGAUCAACAUCUACGAAGAGAUCUCGUGCUGCAGAAGUUCACAACCUGUCGGAAAGGAGAAGGCGAGACCGGAUAAAUGAAAAGAUGAGGGCUUUGCAAGAGCUUAUCCCUCGUUGCAAUAAGUCGGACAAAGCUUCUAUGUUGGAUGAGGCAAUUGAGUACCUGAAAUCACUUCAGUUGCAAGUACAGAUGAUGUCCAUGGGAUGCAGCAUGGUCCCAAUGAUGUUUCCUGGCAUCCAGCAGUAUAUGGCCCCAUUAGGUAUGGGGAUGGGAAUGGGGAUGGGGAUGGGGAUGGGCAUGGGCAUGGGCGUGGAAAUGGGCAUGAAUCGGCCUAUGAUGCCAUUUCCAAAUGUCCUGGCUGGUGCCGCCAUGCCUACACCGGCUGCUGCAGCUCAUUUGGGUCCAAGGUUCCCUAUGCCUGCUUUUCAUAUGCCCCCUGUCCCAGCCCCACCCCCUGAUCCGUCCAGAAUCCAAGCAACCAAUCAGUCAGAUCCCAUGCUAAGCACACAGAAUCCAAACCAGCCACGAGUACCAAAUUUUGCCGAUCCUUAUCAACAGUACCUUGGUCUGCAGCACAUGCAAAUACCAGUAUCACAGAACCAAAUAAUGACUCAACCAAGCAUCGGCAAACCGGGUGCUGGACAAGCAGCUGAUAAUCUUGAUCAUCACCGGUCAGGGACAUGACUUUCCGCUAAUGGAUUCCCUGGUUGCCAAAAGAUCUAUAACUUUGCAGCACUAAGCUGAUAUUUGUGCUGGCCUUUCAGAAUGGUGGUCCAUUAUGUAUCACUUUUUGAUCCAACGAUUGCUAGUAGACAACCUCUGCUUAAGCAAAAUAUUACAGAAGUUUGGGGCACAUCUCUUAUGGAAGGCCCUGCAAGUUUUGUUGUGCAAGAGAAGCAACAUCACAGAGCAGCUUUUGCGACUGUCUAAUACAACAAUAACGCAGCUGAUUUGUAAUUAUCAUACCCACCCCUCCUCCCAAUAGAUUUGAAAUUUUCUGUGUAUUUUAGCUGUUGUCAAUUUGUCAUCUACCUCUAUUUUAUUUUAUUUUUUGCCAUAUUCUUUUUGCUCAAACCUGUGAAAUAUGGUUAAAUGAUAGAAUUUAAUGAAAUAUAAAUAUGUCUGAAUGAA